AUGAGCUGCACGGGGGACUUUGUGCGAGAAUGCACACCCACGAUGCAUACAGACAAGGAGCAGCCGUUACAGCAGAUAUGGUCAUACCUCAUCGUGUUCAUGUACGCCUUCCGCACGAUCGCCGACAUGCAUACUCCUCGGCGAGAUCCUCGCAGCCCCGGCUAUUUCGAUGCCCUUCUCGAGGAUCUCUACAUGACCAUAGCAUGCAUUUUCUCUGUAUCGGCUACGUCAGUCAUUCUUGACGAUGUUAACAUGGACAUCAUCAAGGACUGCCUUCUCUAUAUCGCCCUGAUAACCUGUUUGCCCGAGGUCUUCGCUUGCGGGGACAUGAUCUUGUCCUACGUCUAUGGCCUCGUGCUUUCAGAACCUGUCAAAGCAUUCUUUGCCAAAACCUGUCUUUCAAUCAGAGAGACUAAGCGCAAGAUACACUUAUCUGCGAAAGAGUCGAUAAAGACUCUAGCUAGGCGUACACUCGUUGAGUACGAGACGCUUGAACACAAGCGCAAAGGGCAAGAAGUGUGGAUAACCACACACUUACAAGCGCUCUGGAACCAGCUUUGUUUCGUGAUUCAGAAGUACAUCCAACAAGCACGCUCAAAUCUACCCAUCAGUAUCACCAUCAUCAUCAACACUAGCAACACAAGCAACACUAGCAACACUAGCAACAACAGCAUCAAUGAACAACCACAAGAUCUCCCGCCUCCUCAGCCCUGGCAGUGCGAGUCCUGCAGCCGCUCGCUCAUCACCAGCUUCAAGUACAAGAACAUGAGCAACACGAGCAUCACAAGCAAUACCACAGGCACAAGCACAACCUCAAACAAAAGCCCAGGCAACGACUGCUGCAACAGCAAAGGCAAGAACAAUGCCACAAGCAGCAACACCACCGAAUCCGCUAAAGCCAAGCUCAAUCACAACCCUAGUGAUAAGCGGAAAACGAGGGCGCGGGAGAAUAUGCUGAAAGUGAAAACGCUAAAGCAAAAGAUGACGAUGGCCAUGAUAGAAAAGAUCACAAGCAGCAAGAGCAGCAGCAUUAAGAGCAACACAAGCACAGGCAGCACAAGCACAAGCAGCACAAGCACAAGCAGCACCAGCACAAGCAACAGCAGCUUCAAGUCUAUCGACAACUGCUUCAAGUCAAUCGACAAUUGCUUCAAGUCAAUCGACAAUUGCUUCAAGUCAAUCAACAACUGCUUCCAGUCAAACAACUGCUUCAAGUCAAUCGACAACUGCUUCAAGCCAAACAGCACCUGCUUCAACACAAGCAACAACUGCUUCAACAACACCUGCUUCAAUACAAACAACCCCUGCUCCAACAACAAGAGAAGAACGCCCAGACACCAGCACAAAACAACCCCCACCACUCCCACCUCGUCCAUCUCGUUCCAAGCCAAGGCCAACGAGGAUACCAACGAUCAGGUGGGCAGACGGGUGGUGUCUGGAACAAGUUAA